CAUUUACCAGAUGCCCCAUGGUGUGGUCACUGCAAGGCUCUGGCCCCUGAGUAUGCCAAAGCCGCCGGGAAGCUGAAGGCGGAAGGCUCCGAGAUCAGGCUGGCCAAGGUGGACGCCACCGAGGAGUCGGACCUGGCCCAGCAGUACGGUGUCCGAGGCUACCCCACCAUCAAGUUCUUCAAGAACGGAGACACUGCCUCCCCCAAAGAAUACACAGCCGGCAGGGAGGCUGAUGACAUCGUGAACUGGCUGAAGAAGCGCACAGGCCCUGCUGCCACCCCGCUGGCCGACGGGGCCGCUGCGGAGUCCUUGGUGGAGUCCAGUGAGGUGGCCGUCAUCGGCUUCUUCAAGGACUCUGAGUCGGACUUUGCCAAGCAGUUCUUGUUGGCGGCGGAGGCUGUUGACGACAUCCCGUUUGGGAUCACGUCCAACAGUGACGUGUUCGCCAAAUACCAGCUGCAGGAGGAUGGCGUUGUGCUCUUGAAGAAGUUUGACGAAGGUCGGAACAACUUUGACGGGGAGCCCACCAAGGAGAGCCUCCUCAACUUCAUCCGGCACAACCAGCUGCCACUGGUCAUCGAGUUCACCGAGCAGACAGCCCCGAAGAUUUUUGGGGGCGAGAUCAAGACUCACAUCCUGCUGUUCCUGCCCAAAAGCGUGGCCGACUAUGACGGCAAGCUGAGCGGCUUCAAGCAGGCAGCAGCGAGCUUCAAGGGCAAGAUCCUGUUCAUCUUCAUCGACAGCGACCACGCUGACAACCAGCGCAUCCUCGAGUUCUUCGGCCUCAAGAAGGAGGAGUGCCCGGCAGUGCGCCUCAUCACCCUGGAGGAGGAGAUGACCAAGUUCAAGCCCGAGUCGGACGCGCUGACUGCCGACAGCAUCAAGGACUUCUGCGACCAGUUCCUGGCGGGCAAGAUCAAGCCCCACCUGAUGAGCCAGGAGCCGCCCGAGGACUGGGACAAGCAGCCAGUCAAGGUCCUGGUCGGGAAGAACUUUGAGGAGGUGGCGUUUGACGAGAAGAAGAACGUCUUUGUGGAGUUCUAUGCCCCCUGGUGCGGUCACUGCAAGCAGCUGGCGCCCAUCUGGGACAAGCUGGGGGAGACGUACAAGGACCAUGACGACAUCAUCAUCGCCAAGAUGGACUCCACGGCCAACGAGGUGGAGGCGGUGAAAGUGCACAGCUUCCCCACGCUCAAGUUCUUCCCCGCCAGCGCCGACAGGACGGACGGGGCUGGGGACGGCGAUGACCUCGAGGACCUUGAGGAGGCGGAGGAGCCGGACUUGGAGGAGGACGAGGACCAGAAAGCCUUGAAGGACGAGUUGUGAGGCUGAGGGGCGAGUGGACCCCAGACGCCCACACCUCGGGUGGUGCUCCGGCACGUUGCCUGUGCGACCCAGGACCUCCUGCAGGGGCAGCGACCGAAGACCCAGGGACUUGUCACGCUUCUCCUCACACACGUCCACCUCCCCACCCCGCGGUCAUCCUGCCGUCCUCCUGUGCCACGUCUGUCGGCGUGCACCGGGACAUGGGGAGCCCGUGGGGCGCCCCGCCUCCAGGAAGCCUGCCUGUGGACAGGGUCGCUGGGCGUUUUCGGUGUCAGGGUCUCUGCGUGGCCAGCCUCCCUGGGGUCCUUCUCCCCCCAGGGCCAGGGACAGCCUGGGCUGGCCUUCUUCACCUCGGGCCAGUAUGGCCCCAACUGAGCUAGGCUUUUUGUUCUUCAGGUUUGAUGGGCACUUGGGGUCUCUGGCCGAGGGUGAGUCCCCCUUGGGCAGGAAGUACUUCUCUGCUCAGGCCCAGGGCAGGCCUGCGUGGGCCCGUCACCCCUCUUUGGCCUGGCCCUGCGAUGCCUGACCCUUUGCUAUGCAUGGUGGCCAGAGGCCGACUGGGACACAAGAAACCUUAGUUCCUGUCUGGCGGGGGGAGCCCCUUUGUGAUGAGUUCUCCAGGCGAUCUUCCCAAUACUGCAAUUGAACACAUCGGCCAAAUAAAGUUGAAAUUCUACCACCUA